AUGCAUACCUUAGUCUUUUUCACCCUUCCCACUAUCGCAGCGAGCAAGCUGGGCAUGAUAGGGAAGAACUAUGUGUGGAUCGCAUCGGAGGGGGCUGCUCAAGCCAACACUUCCACACUGCAGAGUGCAGAGGUGGGGUCUGAUGAUCACAGCGUCCUAUCACCCGCCAUCGCGGCACCUGGUCUGAUAAUCACAGCCUCCUACUACCACCCGCCAUCCCAACGCCUGUUGGCCUCCAAGCAGCUGAGCGCGCAGCAGCCCCCAGGGGCGGCAGAGGAGGACCCCAAGGCCUACAGCCUUGCAGCCUACACGAGUGGGUUCCAGUCUCCUCAACUACCAGAAUCUCACACGUCCUAUCACCCGCCAUCCCAACGCCUGUCAGCCUUCAAGCAGCGGUGGAAGCAGCUGAGUCCACUGCAGUUCCCAGGGGCGGCUGAAGAGGACCCAAAGACCUACAGCCUCGCAGCCUAUGACGCUGUUUACCUCGUCUCUCUUGCCCUGCACUCCCUGCUGCAACGCACCAGCACCAGCACCGCCAACAGUAGCAGCAGCAGCGGCAGCAGCAGCGGCAGCAGCAGCGGCAGCAGCAGCAGCAAUGGCAGCAGCAGCAGCAGCACGGGAGCACACUUUUUUGCGAUGUCUGCUGUUGCAAGUAACAGUGCCUUGAUACUGCCGGUGGCAGGGCAAGGGGCGGAGGCGGGUGGUGGGCUCAUUCCGCUGCUGCAGAACCUGCAGCGAAACUCAGGUGG